CAGACCGAGCAGGUGGGGCGUUGUGGAACACCGCCGCUAGUCGCUUGGUCACCUUAGCGCGGACGAAAAUGACUGAACGACAUCAACCACCAUCACGACUCCGCCAAGACUUUGAGAUAUUGCGCGUUCUAAAGUCAAGCCCCACGGAGUCUUGAAGCGGUAUAAUUAGGGUUGCCAGAGAUCUCCUUUCUGCUGUCCUUCCGCAGUACGAUCCCAAUCUGCUUUCUGUACUACUAAAAAAACUACCCUUUCACCUUCACUUCAGGUAUGUCAAGUCAGUCGUCAUCGGCUGGUCAUGAACCAGCCUCCUUGAUUAAAAAGUCUUCUCGUUACUCCCAGCCCCUUACCGCACAGAUGAAGCAAAGUCUUCAGCUUCUUCAGUCUCAAAUCUUCUCUCCAACCUACGCUCCACUACUACACUCCAUUCUUACAACCCAAUCAAUUCCCCGAAAGCACAUCUUUCCAUACAUUCAAAAACCAAAUUAUCUACACUAUGAGUCUAGUACUAGAUCAGUUCACGAACCACUGGACUGACAUGCUUCCGGACUACAGAAGCCAGAUCACCUACACUGCGCCUUCAGACGGCCUCGUUGAGUUCGAUCCGGCAAAGUGGUUGGAGAAAGCCCAAGAAGAGAUACGGAUUGAAGAGGAGCGCUGGCUCACUAGUUCCUUUGAUAUCGACGAGCCUGCUCCGAGAAAGGUUAAGAUCCGAGCUAGAGACUCCGCGCAGUGGAUCAAGAAAGACAACCGCAACUUCACUGGCCGUCGCAAGCGUAGGCGUGAGCUCCCUGUUCCCCGCGCCUUCAACAAGCCAUUCUCCCUCAUGCAGCACCAACGCCAUUCCAUCCACCUCAUGGGCAGGGUCCUCAACGUCCGCACCAAUGGAUCACCCUUCACGCUCGUCCUCGAUGACCUCAACCAGCGCGCCGACAUCUUCGUUGGCGAGAUCACCCGCCGCGCACUCUCUCGCAAUGUCAAUGUCGUCUUCGUCACUUUCGAGUCUUCUCAGGCCGUGGCACCCAUCCGCACCGUCCAGGGCUUCGGCAUGACUAGCGAUGAGAUCUUGACGGCCCUGCGCAAAGCCAUGGACGAUGCGAAAGAGAGCAUUGUCGUCAUCGACAACCUCCAUGAGCUCCUCUACCAUUACGGCGUCGACAUGACCGCGCUCUUCCAGCUCGUCGUCCAUAAGUACGCUUCCACUCUCGUCGGUAUCUACCACCAAGAUCUGCUCGACAACCCAACAGAGUCACCGUACGCCCCACAGCCCCUGCAGCUGAUCAAGUAUAUGGCCACCUCCAUCAUUACCUGCAAGUCCUUCGCCCACUGCCUCGCCGCCAAGGCCGCCGCAGAGCGCAGCCUACCAGAGCCCACCUGGGGCAUGCUGGAAGCCGCCGAAGGAAUCAUCCAAGACCUCGACGCCAACGACAACCGCGGCAUCGUCAUGGAAGCAGAGUUCCGACGCAAGUCCGGUAAGCCAGAAGGCGAGACCUACUUCCUCCGCGCGCCUCGCCCGGAGGACUUCCACGAGCCCAUGCCCGGCGUCCCCAACGGCACCCUCAAGCAGGAGUACGUCACUCUCCUUGACAUGCAGCCCGCAUACGCCGGCAAAGUGUCCGGCCUCUUCCAAGAUGCAGCCGAGAACCCCAACUCUACCUUCAACCUCGCCCUCACCGAGAAGCAAAAGCAGGCCCGUGAGGAGGUCGUUCUGCCUUACUUUGAUGCGCAGAAGGGUGAGGGUGCUGGCGAGGGUGGUCGCAUCUUGUACGACAUGGGCUCUGAGGAUGACUUUGACGAGGAGGAGGAUGAGAUCUGAGGUAGCUUGGUAUGUCUUUGGUUAGAUGCAUCGGCGCUGGUCGCAGGUUUGAGUUGAGCUUCUGAGAUACCCUGUCUGGUAGGGCGACGGCGUUACGGCAAUCAUUGAUGGGAUGAGGACAUGUGCGAGGCGCAGGCGAUAAGAUAUGAGCAGACUGAGAGAAAGGUCUUGCCUUGGGUUGGGAUACGGUCUCAAGGACGGAUGGUUUUGCGUCUUCCCAAGAUGUAGCAGUCGUAUGUCACAGAUAACAUGACAAAAGCCAUUGUUUUCGCGCUUGCCUGACAUGAGUGAAGUGAUACUCGGCCUACUGACCUAGCUUUUCGCCCUCCAUGUAGCGUGAUUG